AUGCACGAGAUUGGCGACGAAGAGCAGUUCUGGGUGGACCAUUACGAGUGGCUCAAGGCUUCUGGGUAUGAACUGCGAUCCCGCUGGGCUCCUGGAUGGACUGCAUCUUGGAAAACAGCUCCAAAGAAGGACAAGAGGUUAUGCGAUGACUAUCAGUUCAUGCCGCAUGCGCAACUCAUGGACGCAACUCGUAUCAGUGAUCAUAAAAGGGUUCUUUUGAAGCUGCUCAGGCCAUCAUACAGUCGCUAUGAACAAGAAAUACAGGCUUUCUUCAGCGAGGAGCCCCGGGCGUCGAAUCCCCGAAAUCACUGCAUUCCCCUCUUGGAGACUCUUAACGUGCCUGAUGAGGAUGGUGCCCACAUCUUGGUUAUGCCUAUACUUCGAAAGUAUGAUAGUCCUGCAUUUGAUACCAUUGGGGAAGCACUGGGAUGUAUUCAGCAAAUAUUUGAGGGUCUCCAAUUUAUGCAUCAUAAUAACGUCGCUCACAGGGAUAUAUCUUCAUUUAACCUUAUGAUGGAUGACUCCAUGUUCAUGGAGGAGUUUCACCCAGCAAACCCGAAAUACACUCGCGAUCUCACCAGAAGUGCUCGCUACACGAGCCGUACAUGGAAGUGUCCUAAGUAUUACCUCAUCGAUUUUGGUUUGUCCAGACGGUUUCAGGAAGGCGAACCGCAUAUUGACAUACGGGUCCUCGGAGGGAUCAAGACUGUCCCUGAAGCUCGAUCUAACGAUCCUUAUGAUCCAUUCCACGCAGAUAUCUACUGUCUUGGGCAUUGGGUUCAGGAGGAGUUUAUUAAGGCAAGGAACGGUUUCGAAUUCCUCCAGCCUCUUACGAACGAUAUGACGCAGGAAGACGCAAGCAAGCGCCCAAGCAUUGACGAAGCCGUGAGUCGUCUGCAGAACGUCAUUCAGGGUCUCUCUGCUUGGAAGCUACGAUCUCGAGUGUCCAAGCGUCGCGGAAAUCCUAUCAUAGGGCUUGCACGUUUAAUCAAACAUUGGCCCAAUAGGGUAGUGUAUAUAUGUUCGCAACGACCUGCCAUUCCCGUUCUGUAG